AUGAGCUCAACGACGAUAGUUGCUGGUGUGGCCGGCAUUACUACCGUCGCUACAGUAUGUUCCAUAAUAACCGUUCUCUACCUUGUCAACGAUAUCAACAACUUCUAUGAUGAUGCGAUCGAAGAACUUGCUGCAUUCAAGGAUCUCGCCAAUUCUGCAUGGCAUGAAAUGAGACCUUCCUACCAUCAAAUGAGAGAGAGGAGAUAUGCGAUCUUAGGAAUACCGCGCGAACGACGUCAAUAUCCACCACAUUGCAAUUGUGGGGCAUUCCCCGCAGCCUGCCCUAUUGGCCCUCCGGGUCCACCUGGUUUUCCAGGACUCCCCGGAGAACCCGGAGUACCCGGAAUACCUGGCAUUCGUGGUAAUGACGGUAUUACGAUCAGUCAUGGAGGUGGAGCUGGUGGUUGUAUAAAGUGCUCACCCGGACCUCCUGGUCCUCCUGGAACGGAUGGACCUAUGGGACCCCCCGGACCACCUGGCAUGCCGGGUGCAGCUUCACGAGCAGGUCCUCGAGGUCCACCAGGUCCACCAGGACUCCCCGGAGAUGCUGGAGCACCUGGAGCACCUGGACAACCUGGAGCACCAGGAAAUCCUGGUGCACCCGGAGUGCGUGGUAUCGGCUUGCCAGGACUGGCCGGACCUCCUGGACCUCCUGGACCUCCUGGACCUCCCGGAAUGGAUGCUAGACCUCCACCAGCUCCAUUACCAGGACCUCCUGGACCGAUGGGAGCGCCUGGAAUGCCUGGAAGACCUGGACCGGACGGAUUUCCUGGGGGUCCUGGGAUGCCUGGUAUGCCUGGAACAGAUGGUCAGUACUGUCCAUGUCCGCCGAGGACAGGAGGAGGGUAUGGUCGACCACAUUCGUUCCGCCACAGCAAUCAGGUUUCUGCGGCAAGGAAUAGAAUUGUUAGGCGUCCACAACCCAGCAGGAUCAUCAGCGGUGAGACAGCGAGGAGAUAUUGA